AUGCUUACCCCUUUAGCAAGACUUCAUACUUCUCCGAUCAGACUCCGGACCAAGGAGGAAGAUACUGUGGCAUCCCUUCCCAAUAAGGCCAAUGAAAUCAUCGAAGCUGUGCUUUAUGGAUCAAAAGUAGUCAAGGAAGAUGAAAGCCAAACUCAUUCCAAGGUGCUCGCUAGAGGAAAAUAUGUUCAUGAGCUUCAGAAGCAUCGAGUUAAGCCCGACAAGGUUGAAGAAUACAUCAAAUUAGUAUCUCUUCACUAUCCUCGGAUCGCAAAUGAUCCUGCCAACGAUGUUCAUCUGUGUGGAAGCUGGUCCAUUGAAGUAGGAGAAUUGGAUACGUUUGUUCACAUUUGGGAAUACAAAGGGUAUCCUGGACAUCAGCACACUAUGGCGCAGUUAGCUCGGGAUCCUGCCUACGCACAGUUUAUGAAGGAACUUCGUCCUCUGUUGAUCUCCAGAUAUAACAACAUCAUGCUUGAGUUUUCUUUCUGGAAGACAUCUCCGCCUACCGUAACAAACGGAAUAUAUGAACUACGAAAGUAUAGUCUAAAGCCUGGACAUCUGCUGGAAUGGGAAAUGCACUGGCGAAAGGGCCUCGAGUGCAGACGUCAAUUCUGUGAACCUGUGGGUGCCUGGUUCAGUCAACUCGGUGACCUGAAUACUGUUCACCAUAUGUGGUCUUAUCCGGAUUUACAAGCACGCAAGACAACGCGUGAGGAGGCCUGGAAUGUGGAGGGAUGGUCUGAUACAGUUUACAAGACUGUUCGCUUUAUUGAUAGUAUGCAGUCUUACAUAUUGAAGCCUUUGACCUACAGUCCCUUAAGAUAG